AGCCCGCUGCUCGCCGCGCCGCGCCGGGGCUACACGCGCUGCUAACGGAGCGCAGGGCAAAUGCCAUAGGAUGACCGCUGCUGGUCCCCUCUUACUGGCUGUGAUAUCGUCUGUCCUGUGGCUCACGCGGGGCUUCGACCCCGCUCCCAGCGCCUGCUCCGCCCUGGCCUCGGGCGUCCUCUACGGCUCCUUCUCCCUCAAGGACCUGUUCCCCACCAUCUCCUCCGGCUGCUCCUGGACCCUGGAGAACCCCGACCCCACCAAGUACUCGCUCUACCUCCGCUUCAACCGGGAGGAGCAGGUGUGCACGCACUUCUCGCCCAUGGUGCUGCCGCUCGACCACUACCUGGCCAACUACACCUGCGACCCGCGGGGCGAGGCCAGCCCCGCGCCCGCCCGCCAGCGCCCCGAGCAGCAGCAGGAGGAGGAGGAGGACGAGGAAGCCGAGCUGGAGCUGUGCGAAGGCGCGGGACCCUUCACCUUCCUGCACUUCGACAAGAACUUCGUGCAGCUCUGCCUGGCGGCCGAGCCCGAGGCGGCGCCGCGGCUGCUGGAGCCGCAAGCGCUGGAAUUCCGCUUCGUGGAGGUGCUGCUCAUCAACAACAACAACUCCAGCCAGUUCACCUGCAGCGUGCUGUGCCGCUGGCUCGAGGAGUGCCUGCAGGCUCCCGGUGCCCGCCGCUGCGGCUUCACCCACGCCGGCUGCAGCUGCCAGGCCGAGAGCGCUCCGGUGCCCCGGCGCAACGGCACCCGGCCCCCGGCGCCCGCGCCCACGCCGGUACCCGCAGCCCCCGACUGCUGCCCCACCGAGCUGCAUUCCGCCGAUGCCAACGAGCUCGAGCUGCCCGAGGUGCCCCGCGGCAAUGCGGUCGAGGAGAACCAGAAGGUGAAGACCCAGUGGCCACGGUCAGCGGAUGAACCCGGGGUCUACAUGGCCCAGACAGGGGACCCCGCGGCGGAGGAGUGGUCGCAGUGGAGCGUUUGCUCCCUGACGUGCGGCCAGGGCUCCCAGGUGCGGACGCGCUCCUGCGUCUCCUCUCCCUACGGGACGCUGUGCAGCGGGCUGCUCCGGGAGACGCGCACCUGCAACAACACCGCCACCUGCCCAGUUCUCGGCGCGUGGGAGGAGUGGUCCCCGUGGAGCCUGUGCUCGGUGACCUGCGGGCGAGGGGCCAGGACCAGGACGCGGCUCUGCGCGGCCUCGCGGCGCCGAGGGAAGGCCUGCGAGGGCCCCGAGCUGCAGGCCAAGCCCUGCAAUAUCGCGAUCUGCCCGGUGGAAGGGCAGUGGCUGGAGUGGGGCGCCUGGAGCCGCUGCUCCGUCACCUGCGCCAACGGCACGCAGCAGCGGACGCGCAAGUGCAGCGUCUCGGCCCACGGCUGGGCCGAGUGCCGGGGGGCCCACGCCGACGCCCGGGAGUGCUCCAACCCCACCUGUCCCACAGACAGCAAGUGGGGUCCUUGGAACCACUGGAGCCUCUGCUCCAAGACCUGCGACACCGGCUGGCAGCGGCGCUUCCGCAUGUGCGAGGGCACGGGCAUGCAGGGCUACCCCUGCGAGGGCACCGGCGAGGAGGUGAAGACCUGCAACGAGAAGAAGUGCCCAGCCUACCACGAGAUGUGCAAGGACGAGUACGUGAUGCUGAUGACCUGGAAGAAGACGGCUGCCGGGGAGAUCAUCUACAACAAAUGUCCCCCCAACGCCACAGGGACUGCCAGCCGCCGGUGCCUGCUGAGCCCCCACGGGGUCGCCUACUGGGGUGUGCCCAGCUUCGCCCGCUGCGUCUCCCACGAGUACAGAUACUUGCAUCUCUCACUGCGGGAGCACCUGGCCAAGGGCCAGCGGGUGCUGGCAGGGGAGGGCAUGUCCCAGGUGGUGCGGAGCCUGCUGGAGCUCAUGGCCCGCAAGACCUACUACAGCGGAGACCUGCUCUUCUCCGUGGACAUCCUGCGCAACGUCACCGACACCUUCAAGAGGGCCACCUACAUCCCGUCCUCCGAGGACGUGCAGCGCUUCUUCCAGGUGGUGAGCUACAUGGUGGACGCGGAGAACCGCGACAAGUGGGAGGACGCCCAGCAGGUCUCUCCCGGCUCCGUGCACCUGAUGAAGGUGGUGGAGGACUUCAUCCACCUGGUGGGGAAUGCGCUGAAGGCUUUCCAGAGCUCCCUCAUUGUCACCGACAACCUGGUGACCAGCAUCCAGCGGGAGCCCGUGUCCGCCGUGUCCAGCGACAUCAACUUCCCCAUGAAGGGCCGGCGGGGCAUGAAGGACUGGGCCCGCAGCUCCGAGGACAAGCUCUUCAUCCCCAGGGAGGUGCUGAGCCUCGCCUCGGCAGAAGCCGAGGAAUCAUCGCACUUCGUCAUCGGGGCGGUGCUGUACCGCACGCUGGGGCUCAUCCUGCCGCCGCCCAGGAGCCCCCUGGCCGUCACCUCCAAGGUGCUGACGGUGACGGUGCGCCCGCCGACCCGGCCCGCCGAGCCGCUGGUGCUGGUGGAGCUGUCCCACAUCAUCAACGGCACGUCCCACCCGCAGUGUGUCACCUGGGACUACUCGAGGACGGAUGCUGGCUUGGGAAACUGGGACACGGAGAGCUGCCAAACCCUGGAGACCCUCCCGGCGCACACCAAGUGCCAGUGCCGCCAGCUCGCCACCUUCGCCGUGCUCGCCCAGCUGCCCCGAGACCUGGCCAUGGACCCCUCGGGGACGCCGUCGGUGCCGCUGAUGAUCGGCUGUGCCGUGUCCUGCAUGGCCCUGCUGACCCUGCUGGUGAUCUACGCGGCCUUCUGGAGGUUCAUCAAGUCGGAGCGCUCCAUCAUCCUGCUCAACUUCUGCGUCUCCAUCCUGGCUUCCAACAUCCUCAUCCUCGUGGGCCAGUCCCAGAUGCUCAGCAAGGGCGUGUGCACCAUGACCGCCGCCUUCCUCCACUUCUUCUUCCUCUCGUCCUUCUGCUGGGUGCUGACCGAGGCGUGGCAGUCCUACCUGGCGGUGAUCGGCCGGAUCCGGACACGCCUGGUCAGGAAACGCUUCCUGUGCCUGGGAUGGGGCUUGCCAGCCCUCGUGGUCGCCGUGUCCGUCGGCUUCACACGGACCAAAGGCUACGGGACAGCGAGCUACACCCUGUGGCUGGCAUCGCUGUGGAGCUCCUGCGUGGUCCUGCCUCUGCUGGCGCUGACCUGGAUGUCGGCCGUGCUCGCCAUGACCGACCGGCGCUCCAUCCUCUUCCAGGUCCUCUUCGCCGUCUUCAACUCCGUCCAGGGCUUCGUCAUCAUCACCGUGCACGGCUUCCUGCGCCGAGAGGUCCAGGACGUGGUCAAGUGUCAGAUGGGGGGGUGCAGGAGCGAGGAGAAUGAAAACUCGCCCGACUCCUGCAAGAACGGGCAGGUGCAGAUCCUGACAGAUUUUGAAAAGGACGUUGACCUGGCGUGUCAGACAGUGCUGUUCAAAGAGGUGAACACCUGCAACCCCGCCACCAUCACGGGCACCUUGUCCCGCAUCUCCCUGGACGGCGACGAAGACCCCAAGCUCAACACGACCUCGGAGGGCGGCCUGGGCUUCUCCAGCCUGCCCGGGAACAUCCCCCCCGCCAGCAUCCUGGUGCAGGUGCCCAAGAUGACGCCCAACGUGGUGGCGGGGCUGACCGAGCUGGGCGAGCCGCCGGCGCAGCAGCUCGGCCUGGAGGCGCCGGGCCCCGUUUACCUGUGCACCGAGAGCAGCCUGCGGCCCCUGGAAUACGGCUGGAUCCGGGCCCCGGAGGCCCCCCGAGAGAGCGAUUACAUGAUGCUGCCCCGCCGCACCGGCAGCCUCAAGCCUUUCCCCCGGGACGAGGCGACGCUCGGUGCCGGCGCGGAGGAGGCGGUGCCCGGCGGGACGGGGCGCCCGGCGGCCGAAGGGGACGCCUAUCCCGGUUUUGUGGCGGUGGAUCACGUCAACGUGAACCUCAACCAGCCCUACGCCACGGUGAAGGCGCCCUACGGCCUCCAGUUCAAGCAGCAUCAUCCCACGGUGAGGCAGAUCCUGGCCUCGGAGCUGUCGGAGCGCAGCCGCACCAUGCCCCGCACCGUGCCCGGCUCUGCCAUGAAAGUGGGGUCGCUGGAGAGGAAGAGGUUGCGGUACUCUGACCUGGACUUCGAGAAGGUGAUGCACACACGGAAACGCCACUCCGAGCUCUACCACGAGCUCAACCAGAAAUUCCACACGCUGGACCGGUACCGGGCUCCGUCCACCGGCUCCUCCAAGCGAGAAAAGCGGUGGAGCGUCUCAUCGGGCGGCGGGGACAAGAGCACGGCCAACGAUGUGACCAGCCCCGAGGAGCAGCGGCCGAAGGCUCCGGCCGCGCCGCCCAAGCCGUGGAGCACCUUCAAGGCGAUGACGCUGGGCUCGCUGCCCAGCGCCCAGCGGGACCGGCUGGAGCUGUGCCGGGCAGACUGGGACAGCCCCUGCGGCGGCCUGGACGCGGCCGAUGGCGACUUCCAGACGGAGGUGUGAGCCCCGUGCCCGCCGCCGCCGCCGCGCCCCGGCCGCGCUGGGUUUGCUCCGUGCUCCGGGGGCAGCCGGGGGGGGUCCCUGCCUGGUCGGAGCCGUUUUCCCCCCAAGCCCGGGAGAGCCGCCUCCCGUUCAUCCUCCCGCGGUUCCUCCUCCUGCCACCCCCAGGACGCGGGUGUGGAGGGGACCCGCGGCCUUUCCCCCCAGCCCCAAAAAUGCUCCCCCACGCUCACGCCUGCACCCCCACCCCGGGGCAGGACCGGCCGUCGAGGCCCUCAGACCUUCGUUCUUUUCUACCGGGAUGUUUCUUCACGCCGUGCACCGUGUGCACGCGAGCGGCCGCCCCCCGGGACCCCCCCCCCCAACCCCGGGACCCCCGCGGCCGCCCCCUCCCAGCCCUCCCCACUGUCCCCACCCCACGGGGCAGGUGCUGUCGUUGUUGGAAAUAAAAGUUCACUCUCUGUGGUGCCGUGGGGCCGCG